AGUGCUGCAAACGCUUCUUGAAAAUAGCUACGGAAAUCUUUUAAAUGCACAGUUAGUGGCUUGCGCUGGCUGAAUUGUAUACAAAUGAUGCAUGUGUUCGGGGGCUAUUUGACUUUCCAUUAAAUCUGAGCAACUUUUAACUUCUCCAAUGUUUGUGUUUGGGUUUGCUAGCCAAAUCGAUUAGCUUACGAUGAUAGCUGUCGUGCUAUGUGUUUAGUUAGCGUAAGCUAGGAGUGCGAUUUAGAAGUUAUGGAAAACAAAGCAACAUUAAGACUUGAAGUCUUACUGUGAUAAAAUUUUCUACGAUCUGAGGUUAUACUUUUUAAGCAUUUUUUGCUCCAUGAAUUGAUAUAAUUCGUUUUGCGAAAGCUGAGAAACGGGUUAGCUAGCAACGUAAGCUAGUUCGCUACUUAACGGUAACUUGGCUGCUUUCGAGGGGGUGUUGAACAAUUUGUGUUUUCAUAAUAAAUUUGAAGUUUCAAAUGCUUAUUUAAAAUGUCUGCUUACGUCGAAUUUAUUAGGAAGUGUUCAUAAGUUUCAAUGCUGUACUUGACCCAAUGGUAUUAUCGAGUAGUAGAUUUGUACUAUUAAAGUGCACCCCAGUCUUAUUUAAAUUUGUAUUCUGUCAAAAGGAAAAAUUCAUGAAACUUGAAUAGUGAAUGUAGAUUAAUUUGUCAACCUGAAUAGCACAACCAAGAAACUUCUUCUGGGGAAACUACGUGGACAUCAGCAAAGGGACUUCAUAGCACUUGGAUCUGUCUGUUCUUCUCUGUCCCAGGUUCAGACUGCUUGGUCUAUGGCUCUGAUGGACAAACACAAACAGGUCAAGCGACAGAGACUUGACCGCAUCUGUGAGGGUAUCCGACCCCCCAUCCUGAAUGGGCCGAUGCACCCGCGGCCCUUGGUGGCCCUCCUGGACGGGCGCGACUGCACUGUUGAAAUGCCCAUCCUCAAAGAUGUGGCCACAGUGGCUUUCUGUGACGCCCAGUCCACACAAGAGAUUCACGAGAAGGUGCUAAAUGAAGCGGUGGCCGCUCUGCUCUACCACACCAUCACUUUGUCCAGAGACGACCUGGAAAAAUUCAAAGGUCUACGUGUCAUUGUUAGGAUUGGCUCGGGCUUUGACAACGUUGACAUCAAAGCAGCUGCUGAGCUUGGCAUCGCUGUGUGUAACGUGCCCGCAGCCUCUGUGGAGGAGACGGCAGACACUUCUCUAUGUCUGAUCCUCAACCUGUACAGGCGAGUCACCUGGAUGCAUCAGGCCCUCAGGGAGGGAACCCGCGCCUCCAGUGUGGAGCAGAUCAGGGAGGUCGCAGGAGGUGCUGCUCGUAUCCGGGGAGAGACGUUGGGCAUUAUUGGACUAGGGCGUGUGGGCCAAGCAGUGGCUCUUCGGGCCAAGGCUUUUGGAUUUGGUGUGAUCUUCUAUGAUCCCUACCUGCCUGAUGGUGUCGAGCGCUCGUUGGGCCUCCAGCGAAUGGCCACCCUGCAGGACCUCCUCAUCCACUCUGACUGUGUAUCCCUGCACUGCAGCCUCAAUGAGCACAACCACCACCUCAUUAAUGACUUCACCAUCAAACAGAUGCGUCAGGGAGCUUUCCUGGUGAACACAUCAAGAGGUGGUCUGGUUGAUGAGAAAGCUCUGGCUCAGGCUCUGAAAGAGGGCCGGAUACGAGGGGCUGCCCUGGACGUCCAUGAGACAGAACCUUUCAGUUUUUCCACAGGCCCUCUGAAGGAUGCCCCAAACAUGAUCUGUACCCCUCACACAUCCUGGUACAGUGAGCAGGCUUCUGUGGAGGCUCGAGAGGAGGCAGCCAGAGAGGUUCGCCGUGCGAUCACUGGGCGCAUCCCUGACAGUCUGAAGAACUGCGUGAAUAAGGAUUAUCUGAUGGCAGCAUCUCAGUGGCCCAGCAUGGAGGCCGCCACUGUUCACCCAGAGCUUAAUGGAGCUACUUACAGAUUUCCUCCAGGUCUGAUCAACGUUGCAGCAGCAGGGGGUCUCACUGGAGCUGCCGCAGGGGUCGAGAGCAUUGUAUCAGGCAACUUGGCACACGGCAUAGCCCCCGUCUCCCACCCUCCUCACGCUCCCUCUCCGGUGCAAUCUGCUAAGGCCGAAGCCGACAGAGACAUCCCCUCCGACCAAUAGCCCCCUCCGCCGCCGCCAGCACAUUCCGUCACCAUUGGAAACCAACACCCCACAUCCCCGCCUCCCGACAUCAGACAUCGCCCGACCCUGCAGAGCAUCGGCAGCGCCAGUCUGACCCUGAUGUGGACCUACACAGUCGUGUUUCUCAGAUCACACAACCAGCCCAGGAGUGACUUAUCCACAGCCAGCCCCCUCCCAUCCACACACAUCCCUCCAUCUUUGUCCUCAUCUCACCCUUUGCCCCCCUCCCUCCUUCACUCCCCCACGACGUCAGCAAUAACUGUUCUCAAGGAUUCAAUGAUUGGAUUGGUUUAUAUCCUUAGGUGGCUGUUUAAAUGGAAAGUUGAUCUGUUGUGGUUCUAGGUGUCAAUGUUUGUUUGUUGAAAAAUAGCAUUUCUGACAUGAGGCUUCACAGUCUGCUGCCCCCUGCAGGCUGAAAGGUUGAAGCCCCCCUUUGUACAUUAAUGGCUCAUGUUACUGCUCUUUUCUUUUUUCCUCCCUUUUCCACCUUUCUCGUGAAGGGGUUUAACUGUGUACUAAAGUAAACCAGACAGAAUCACAAACAGUACAUCCUGUCCUCACCGAGAAUCUAGUGACCCUGCUCUGUUUGGCUCUCUUGUUACUGUCAUCAGCUUGCUCAGCAGAUGGAUCUGUGAUGCUGUCAGUGUGGAGCUCUCUCAGGCUCUGAGUAUUUCAUAAUUCAGAUACUUGUACCCAAGAUCCUGUGUAACUUUUUAGAGGUUUGACCGUCCGGUGUUUGGGACAGUCAUCUCUUUCUUUCACACGUGCUCUGCCCCGUAUCGUUUGUCCUGAGAUAACAGCUCAGAGUGUCUUACCAGAGGGCUCUUAAUCAUGAAUUUCAGGUGUCAAAAAGCAGCAACAUGCAGGAUGUGUCUCCAGCAGAGGGCGCUGUCUCACUGCUCAGAGCUGAGCCAGUUGCAUGCAGCUCCUUUGAGACGGACAGUUACAGGUUGGCUGUCAGAACACAUGAUGGAUGACCAGGGAUCGGCUACCGCCUUAUUGUUUGAAAAGACCUCACUGCACCACCAUUUCCCUGCACUCAACCACCCACCCUCCACUUCUCCUCUCCCAUCAUCAUGGACCCACACAUCAGCCCAUGAACCAGUUUGCAUCCACCUCUUCCUUUAAGUGUGAGGGGACAGCAGAGUUUAGAUUACCUGUAGGAAUGAUGGGACAGUGUUCUUGCAUGCUGGCUUUGUUGAUGACAGUGGUGUGUGCGUGUGCGCGCGUUUGUGUGAGUGUAUGUUCCCUCACCCUGUUAUAACAAACUCUUGUCUUUCCAAAGUCCCUAGGAGUAUCUCUAACGCUGUUGCCCAGGUGUCAAGGGAACACCUUUCUAGUACCUCAGUAACAGAUAUUGAAUGUACCGUGCAUACCCUUUUAUUUUUUGUACAGAUUUUCUAGAUUCUUCUUAACUAUUCUUUACAAGAAGGGUUGUGAAAUUGUAGCAGUAAUGAUACAAUAAAAACACAUUGCCCCAUGAAAUAAAUUGACAAAAGGUUCACUAUAGGUCACUGAAUACUCAGGCUUCAAAACCAACAUGUUUCUCUUUUGCCUUUACUCUGACUUCCUCCUUGUGGAAAAUUCAGCACAAUGCGUUCCCAUUCUUGGACUCAGACUAUAGUUGACGUGCUAUAAUCUCCAUAAGACUGACUAAAGAAAAACAAGGAAAAAAAACAAAAGGCGGUUGCCGUGAUCUGCUAGUUUUCUUUGACUAGAUUAUUAGUAGUAGUAGAUGCAGUUUGUUUUGUUUUAACCCCCUCUCCAUUGUCUGGCUGCUCUAUCUCUAGUGCAUGUGAGGUAAUUUUUUAGGGGAAAUACUAUUGGCUUAAAGAAUUUGUGUCAUCUUGCUGUUCUCCCUCUGCUCCCUGGCCUUUUUCCCCUUCCUCUCAGAGUGUUUUCAACCGAGUUGCCAUUUUUUGUCGUGGUCAGUUUCCCAGUGAUGUACAGUUUUCCCCUUCAGAGUCUAUGAGAGACAUGGAGCAUGUCUGUGUCCUGAGAUGCUAGGCUCCUCUGUCAUGUGAUGAGUAUAUAUUUUUAAAAAAUAACCCCCAUAGUUCGGAUUAUGAGCAUAAUAGUAAUCUUAAAUUUUUGCUGUUGAUGAUGAUGAUUAUAUUUUUCUUCUUUUUCAGUUCAGCAGUGCACUGUUUUUGAAAACCAUUCUGUUUUAUUGUAGGAUUUCAUUUUUAUGGAUAUGCUGUCUGUGUUCUACAUGUUGUACUGAAACAUUUCAGAGAAAACAAGAGACCCCUUUCCUUUGAUUUAUUUUAUUUUUUUUGUCUUAACCCAACUGUCCUCCAGCUGAUUUCCUCUGGGCCUUACUUCUUCUCCCCUUGUUUAAAGUAGCUGUAAUAGAAAGUCGCCAUGGAACCACUCACUGCCUUAAUACAGUUGACCACAGCAGGUGAAGUCAGGAGACGCACCCAGUUGAAAAGCUCCUCACACCCUGACAGGCUUAAAUCUGCGGUACUUUGCAGUUCUCUGUUCCCGCGAUGAACCACAUUCAGCCUUGUUGGACGUUGUCUUCAUGGUUUAAACCAUAAACCCGGUGGAAUUUGUUACUGUGCAUUAACACACAUUUUGCCCACUUGUUUUAAUAUCUGCCCUUCAGUUUUGUUUGUAUAUUCGCUAACAGAUAAGCACAGCAUGUUUUUUUUUCUUAAAGCUACAGCUCAUAUUUCACUUGUGGGUGUGAGAAUGCCCCCCAACCUGUCUAACUACCACCAACCCCCCUCAGGCUCCAGUAGCAUCUUUCAUAGAGCUUCUUAAACGCCUUUGAAAGGAUAAGGAGGGUGCUGAUGAGGGAGGGGGGCAUAGCCAACACUGGUGUGGUCUGUUUAAAAAAAAAAAAGCAGAAAAUUAAGAAUUGGUCACUUUUCUCUCUCUCUCUCAGGGUUCAAAUGCACACAUAUCCUCCAGCAGUCACCCACGUGUAUGUUGUCCCAAGUUUUUUCCGCCCUCCAAAUGCAGAACAGUCUCCUGCGUUUUUUUAAAAAACCGUUCCCCCCCUCCCCUCGUUCUCCCCCUCCCUUUUUGUGCACAGGUCUGAACUUAUUUUUUUCCUGUUUUGCUUUCUUUUGGCACUGACAUCUAACCAUCUAACAAGGAAUGAAUGAAUGUUUGAAAGUGACUGUGUGUAAUGUUAAAUUGGGAAAUGUAUUUUUACAACAUGUGAACGUGUUUUUUUUCCACUCACUCUCAUUGUGAAUUGAUUUUUUUUUUCUUUCACCAGACUGCAAAAACAAACAAAAAAAAACAAAGAAAAAAACUCCUGUAACUAGGCUCUUAAGCUUUAUUUUGUUUUGUUUACUUUUUUAUUAGAAACAAUCAUGUUUGUGAUGGUAACUUCCGAUGGUAAACUCCACACCGUAUUUUAAUAAAAUCUUAAACAUUA